AUGGAAAGUAUUAGUGGUUUAUCUGGAAGUCAACCUGAGGUGGAAGCCACAGCUGUAGAGACAAAUACAUCUCAGUCUCAGCAGCCUUUGCCUCCACCUGUUCCUAAGAAAAGGAAAGUGGUUGAGACCAGAUCUCCUGUAUGGGAUCACUUUGAAAAGAUCAAAGACUCUGAGGGCAUUGUUAUCAAGGGAAAAUGUUUAUACUGUGAUACAAGGCAGUCCUUGCUUACUUUCCAACGUGAACCUUCUUCUGCUGGAACUGAAAGUAGUGAAGGAUCAAAAGGGGUGUUAGGUACUUGGGUAUUUGACCAAGACUUGAUAAGGAGAGCCUUAGCUGAGAUGAUUAUUCUGGAUGAAUUGCCUUUUAGGAUAGUUGAGGGACAGGGGUUUAGAAAGUUUGUGUUUGUUUGCUGUCCUAGGUUUAAAAUCCCUUCAAGAUGGACUAUCAGUAGGGAUAUUUUUAAGAUUUUUUCUGAUGAGAGGCUCAACUUGAAGAAGUUCUUUAGGACUAGUAGUCAGAGGGUUAGUAUCACAACUGAUACAUGGACCUCAGUCCAGAGAAUAAACUACAUGUGCAUAACUGCACAUUUCAUUAAUAGUGAGUGGAAGCUCCAAAAGAAAAUCAUUUCAUUUGUUCCUAUCUAUUCCCACAAGGGUGAAAGUAUUGCAAAGGCUUUAGAAAGUUAUCUUAUGGACUGGGGUCUAAAAUCAGUUUUCAGUGUCACAGUUGAUAAUGCUUCUAGCAAUGAUACUGCCCUAGGAUUCUUAAAGAAAAAGUUUGUGUCAUGGGGUUGUACUGCUGUUAGGAAUAAGUACUUGCACAUGAGGUGCAUUGCUCACAUCCUUAACUUGGUGGUACAGGAUGGGUUGAAAGAAUCUGGUAGUGCUGUUAAAAAAGUGAGGGAUUCUGUUAGGUAUGUGAGAAGCUCACCUGCUAGGCUUCAAAGGUUUAGGGAGCUAGCUGAUGUAAUGGGGGUGGUAGCCAAGAAGUCUUUGUGUCUUGAUAUUCCUACAAGGUGGAACUCCACCUAUAUGAUGCUGAGUGCUGCUUUGUUGUAUGAGAAAGUCUUUGAAGAGUAUGCAAGCUCAGACAGUGGAUUUAAAUCUGAUUUGGGUGAGAAUAAUAUACCUAACUUCAUGGAUUGGGAAACCAUUUCUGGUUUGGUACAAAUUCUAAAAUCUUUUUAUGAAAUGACUGUUAGAAUUUCUGGUUCACUGUAUGUGACUUCUAAUACUUUUUUCUCUGAGAUUUCUGAUCUGUCUUGCUUGUUAAGUAAUAUGGUGGAAGUUGAUGAUAGUGUUAAACUGAUGGGUACAAAUAUGAGGGCAAAGUUUGAUAAGUAUUGGGGUGAGCCUGAAAAAAUGAACUUUCUCAUAUUCUAUGCAAAUAUCUUAGACCCCUGGGACAAAAUAGAAUAUAUGCCCAUUCAGUUUACCCAGUUAUAUGGUGAGGACAAAGGUAAAACAAUGUUUGAUAAGGUUGUUGUUGGCCUUAAGGAGUUAUUUCAAGAUUAUGUGUCCUGUUUUCCUGUCCAGUCUGUUCCUAAAAAUUAUGCCAAAUCAGCCCCUUCAGUUAUAAUUUCUGAUUGUGUUUCUGUUGGGAAACCUCAAGCAUUAUUGAAAUCCCAGAUUAAGAAACAAAAAUUGGGUACUGGUGAUUUGUCAAUGAAAAGAACUGAGUUGGAGGUGUAUUUGUCUGAGGUCAUUGUGGAUGAUGAGGAUUCUUUUGACCUUCUAAGAUGGUGCAAGCUGAAUUAUGAUAGGUUCCCUGUGUUAUCUAAAAUGGUAAGGGAUGUACUUGCUGUUCCAAUCUCUACUGUUGCAUCUGAAUCAGCAUUCAGUACCAGUGGGAGAGAUUGGUUGAGGUUAGCCAAUCAACCAAUCUCUGUUGAAGAAAAUAUUGAAGAUGUUGAAAGGAUUGAGAAAGAGUUGUGCAGCACAUCCACCACUGGAGUUGGAUUAUUGCCUACAAUACCUGUAUGA